AUGUCGUCGUCCAAUGAUAAUCUUUCAUCUCGAUUAGAAUUACAGAAACGUCUUCAACAUCGGUUAAAAAGUAGAACCGAUACGACUAGUAGACCGACGCCAAGAACCUACGAUCAAUUGCCACAAUAUUUACGGCAAGUUCUUCCAGAUAAUUAUACGUAUAUUAUAAAAUCUUAUAAAGAAAUCGACCUUGAAAAAUUUGAUGGAGCACCAACGGCAGCCUUCGAUUCAACUUUUUAUGUAAAUAUCGCAUCAACUGAAGCAAUCGAAGAAUGGAGAUCGGCUUUUCAAAAUAAAACAGGAACCGUUUUUCGUAUUACUCGAGCUGAUAAAGUUAAAGGAAUUAAAGUUAUUUAUCAUAAAGAUUUCCAUUGUCGACACGCUGAUAUCGCAGCUAUCAAGUAUAUGCAAAAAACUUAUGCUCAAAAAGCUGGUCAAAGAAGAAGUCGAAAUACGAAUUGUCAAUGUUUAGCAAAAAUUCGUCUUGAAAAAAGUCGACUUAAUCUAUCUCAUCCUUGCGAAAUUCAUCUUUUAUAUAAUCAUAAUCAUCCAUUAGAAACUUUAAAUGUUACUCCUCAAACUCCUUCAAUUGCUUCUGUCGGUUCUACAAGUGAUGAAAGCGGAAAAAAUGAUUUACACCAAUCCUCUCCUCUUUCCACCACUUUCGUUUUAAAUAAAUUUCAUCAAUUCGUUAAAGAAAUCGAUUUAGAUAUAUUAAAAGGUGACAAUGAAUACUGUCGUGGUAUUAUCAAGUUUAUGGAAUCUUAUCGGCAAGCAAGGACCAUUAGCCUUUCUAACGCUACUCAAUUCUUUAAUCAAAUGCCUUGGACUGAUUCUUUGAAUCAAGACCCUCACUUCGGUUCGAUCGAUACUUUCUCCGACGGAAAUGAAGGUUCUUUUAUCGAAUAUCCUACUCAUAAUCAAUUUUCUCAUCAAUUUACCACGAUACCUGUCCAAUUCUCGGAUAAGAUCGACCAAUACGAAAAGACCAAACAUGAAUAUCCUCGGGCAAAAUCUGAAUGA